AUGUCUAGGACUGUUGAGAGAAUAGCAGAGAUCAACGAUGGAAAAGAGCUUUGGAAGAUUGUUGUUAGGAUUCACCACAGAUGGAAUGUUGUGUCUAACAACAAGGAACAUUUUGAAAUGAUCUUUGUUGACAAAUUGGGAGAUGAUAUUCAUGUUGUUGUUCUAGCCCCACAUGUGUCGGUGUUCACCAAAAAAUGCCUAUUAGGGCAUACUUAUACUGUAUCUAAUUUUAAGGUGGUGCCUUAUGUUCUGGUGUUCAAGGCAUCAAGACACAAAUAUAUGCCGUGUGAAAUUAAUAUAUUUAUUUCAGAUGUCGUUGGAAUGGUGGAUAGUAUUGGUUAUGCACAGACUGAGUCGAGCGCAAAGAAGCAGCAAAAUAGCAUGAUGUUGCGUGACCACAGCAACAACAUGUUGAACUGUACUCUGUGGGAAUCAUACGCGGAUCAGUUCGUCAGGUUUAACAAAGUUAGGGUUGUUGCAUCACUCCCUACAGUUGUGUUGCUUCAGUAUGCCAAAGUGAAAGAAGAAGGAAAGUAUCCUCUGUCUGUGACAAACACCUACAAUGUGACCCUUUUAUGUGUUGAUGCUGAUUUUCCUAUCAUGAAAGACUUUAUUGAUAGAAUGCCUGAGGAGAGCAGGGUAACCCUGUCUGAUCAACUCGGAGGGAAUUCCCAAUUAUCCUCCCAGAGUUCUGAAAAUCAACAGCUGACUCCUGUGGAAAAAUUGUUCUCAAAGGCUGUUGUUUUACCUAUUGCUGAGAUUAUUCAACUUACGGAUAUUACAUUUUAUGCUACUGUCGCUACAACAAAAUUAUUAGUCGCGUCUCCAUUUGGAUGGUACUAUCGUGCCUGUCAUAUGUGUCAAUCUAUAGCACGUGGGGACAGCCCCCCAUUUGAGUGUGAAGCUGGUCAUGAAACCAUGGCCGAAGUCCUUAGGUAUAAGAUUGAGAUUGAGGUUACUCAUGGGGGCAAAAGCUGCAAUUUUGUGUUCUGGAACAGAGAAUGUGAAAUGCUCUUGGGUUUAUCUGCAUCCCAACUUCGUAACACUAUGAUUCAGGUUAUAUUUAUAUUCUGCAGACAAAUUAGAAUGUACUUUCCGAUACUCUGCGUACACUAA